AAGGGGUUGGGGAUUUAGCUCAGCGGCAUAAGUGCCUGCCUUGCAAGCAGGCAGUCAUGAGUUCUAUUCCUGGUACCGACAAAAAGGGAAAAGACAAAAAAAAAGAGUUCCCCAGUGCUCGGGUCCUGGGCAGCUUGGCUCGCGUGCUGCCAGCACCAUGUCCCGUCUGCAACACACAGCCCAUAGCGUUGCUGCCGCUGCGUUGGGACCUGCUGACUGCACAGCGUGUGCUCUGCUGUUGAGCUGCUUACCCUGGCCCCAACUUCUUUUCUCCUUGUGGUGCUGGGGAUUGAGCCCAGGGCCUUGCAUAUGCUAGGCAAGUGCCCAACUUUUUAAAAUCUCAAAUAUUGUUUAAUAUGAUUGCUUUAACCAAGGGAAGAAGCGUACUUUAAAUAGGUAAGUGUAUAUUGUCCUUGUGUGGGUUUUAGUUGUUGGGGUUUUUUUUUUUUGCUACUAAGGAUUGAGUCCACUGAGCUGUGUCCACAGCCUGCUGUGUUUUGCUUUUCUGUUCUUGGACAAGACAGUCUCACUUAGCUGCCCAGCCCAGCCUCAAACUUGGCAGUCCUCCUGCUUCAGCCUCCUGUAGAGUUGGGAUUCAGCCCUGUGCUGUCACACCUGGCUCAUUACAUAAGAUUUUUUUUUCUCCUUGUGGUUAGGAUGGAACCCGGAAGCACCAUACAUGCUACACGUGUCUGUACCACAGAGCUAUCUUCAGUCCUGUGAGGUGAUUUUAAAGCUGCAUUGCAUUGGAGAAGAUAAACAUGUAUUGCUACUUUCUCCAGUUCCCUUUUUAAAGGGCACAAAUUCCUGAGGGUACUUUCUGUUCAUUCAGAUUGUCCCUCUUAAACUGGGAAUGGUGACCUACAGCUGUAAGCCCAGCUACUUAGGAGGCUGAGGCUAGAGGAUUGCAAGUUUGAAUGCAGCCUGGGCAACUUAGACUCUGUCAGAAUAAAAUAAAAAAGACUGAAUAGUUAACUGGAUAAUAAAUCCAGUUAGUGGUGGGUCAGCACUCCCUGGGUUCAAGCCCUAACAUUGCAACAAGGGGAAAGAAAGAUUACCUCUUUUGCCUACUUUCUUAGUUCAUUUUUUUUUUCAGUUGUUUAAUAUUUGAAACUGUUGUAUAGAAAGCAGUGCUUAGUUUUUUAAGGUUCUUUAAGUUUUUCAUGUUAAAAUUAGUUCUAAGAGAGCCAGGCAUGUUGGUGCAUGCCGUAAUCCCAGCAGUUGGAAGGGUGAAACAGGAUUCCCACGAGUCUGAGAUCAGGCUGGGCUACAUAGCAAGACCCUGUCUCAAAAAAAUUUUUUGAAGAGUUAUUAGCUACAGUGACACAUGUCUUGUAAAUAAGCCCAGUAGUACUAGAAAGCUGAGGCAGAAGGGUCACAAAUUCAAGGCCAACCUGAGCAAUUUAAUGGUGCAUUGAGACUAUCUCAAAAAAACAAGAGUUGUAAUUCUGUACAGAUUGCCUGAGUUCAGUCUUUAAAACUACAAAAAAUAAAACGCUUUAUAAUCAAAAUAGUCUGCAGUAUAACAAAAGAAAAUGGGUCAAAUUGGUUUGGAUUUAAGCAAAUUUGAUUUUCUUCAAGUAUCUAUUAGGUGAUAAUGUGCAGUUUAUAAAAAGUAUAUACCAUGAUGUGCAAUAUAUAAAGAGCAAAAUAAACCAGAAGCAAAGAAUAUGAAGUGCUUAUUUGUGAACAUUUAGUCAAACAUUUUUGUAGUAUGUGGCAAAUUUCCAGUGUGCAAGCAUUCUCAUUUUUUAAUUGCUCACACUAAAUAAUUUUGUCAAGAAAGGAAAUUAAAAACCAUACUGAAGCCAGGCAUGAUGGCACACAAUUCUAAUCCCAGCUCUUAGGAAGCUGAGGCAGAAGGAUUGCUGCAAGUUCGAGGCCAGCCUGGGCUACAAAGUGAGUUCAAAGCCAUCCUAACCUGCAUAGCAAAAUUCUGUCUCCAAAAAGACUCAAAAACAAGUACUGAAAAUACGUCUGAGCCCACUUUUAACUGCUGAGGUAACCGCUGAGGGUUGCUGUGAAGUUAGCAAUACAUUGUUACAUCAGUGGUAGUGCUUUCAUCUUUAGAACAGUGACCUGGGUUCUAGAUGUGCAUUCUGUCUCUGCUGGCAAUGAUGGCUUCGGGAAAAGACACUUGCCCUCCCUUCCCUAAACUGGCCAACAACUGCUCCGAUGAGAAUUCCCAUAAGCCUGCCAAUAAGUAUGAAGAGAUUCAUUUGCCACGGUUUUCACUCAGGCAAGGGAUGAUUCCAACACGUUACAUAAUGCCGUGGAAAGAAAACAUGGAAUUCAGGAAUGUGAACAUGAAGCAAGCAAAAGUAUCUGGGAUCUACAGUGGCCCACUAGAAGAAUCUCUGUUCCUGAAUUGCAGAGAAAGGCUUUGCCACGGGGAAGAUCGUAAAAUUGUCUUCAAGAAAAUCCCACCAGAGAUAAAAAUUGCAGAUAUGCCUUUGCAUUCACCUCUCUCCAGAUACCAAAGUACUGUGAUUUCUCACGGCUUCAGGAGGCGGCUGGUCUGAUGAACACAGAAGGCAAUAAAGCCGGGCGGGCCCUAGAGCUCAGCAGAACACCUGUGUCAGUGUGUAAGAAACCUUGGGCUCCAUCUCCAGUACCACAGACAGAUAAUGAAUUAAAAAUGAAGUGAUUCAGUAUUUCAGUAAAUGUUCAAGUUCGUGGUCCAUUUGCAUUUCCCCUAAGUUCUACACAUUUAACAAUCUUAAGUUGAGAGCAUCAUUUGUAGACUACGGAAGCUUUGGAAAGGACGGAGGCUCUGAGUCGGCUGAGGUGAAGUGGGAGAGCAAGGAAAACUGCUUUCGCUGAUGCUAAUUUCACGCCAAGGAGAUGAACACAGCCGGGCCCAGUCCCACUGCCUCAUCUCGCCCGGCUGUCUGUCUGUCUGUCUGUUUAUUCUACCAUUCAGCCCCGCCCAUACUCUGUUUCAGAUCAGCCUCAAGAUACGGAGUUAUGUUUGCUACCUUGCCGACCGCCUCUACCACCCUUCUCGCUGACCCACCCCUCGCACUCACAUCUCUAAAACUCUGGACCACAAGCAUUAAUCACCAUGAUGACUACAAGUGUUUGGCAGACAGCUCUGUCACACCACACGUGACUUCAGCUGUGAGAGGUGUACUUUCUGUGUUGUUCAGUGUGCCUGAGGGCCAGUUUCCUACAGCACAAAAAUGAUUCACAUAAUUGAACAACAUACAAGCAUCCUAUGCAAACACCACAACCACUGUAGAAGAAAGUACGGUGAUUCCUUAAGAAAUUAAAUGUAGAGGGCUGGGAUUUAGCUCAGCGGCAUAAGCACCUGCCUUGCAAGCGUGUGGUCAUGAGUUGAUCCCCAGUACCGAUAAAAAAGAAAUUAAAUGUAGAAUUAUCACAUGACUCAGUAACUUCAUUCCUGAGCUAUGUACUCAAAAUAUUAAAAGCAGAGACUUAAAUACUUGUAUACCUGUAUUUACAGCAGCAGUGUGCACAAUAGUAAAAAAGUUGAAGCAACCAAAUGAUACCAAUUGCUGAAGACAAACAAAACAUGGUAUAUGCAUGUGAUGCUGUAUUAUUGAGCCAUAAAAAGGAGUGAUCUGAUUUGUGCGGCAACAUGGAAAAACCUUGAAGUUAUGAUGCUAAAUAAAAUAACCCAUACACCCCAUUUUUAUACCCUGUAACACAUGCAGUAGAAAGUGGUUCUCUGCAAGCCAGGCAGAGGGCUCUGGCCAGGACGAUGCUACUGACAUCUUGCUCCUGGGCUUUUGGGCCUCCAAAGCUGUGAGCACAAAUGUCUGUGGUUUACGCCACCUGCCUGGGCAUUUUGUUCCAGCCUGAGCAGACAAGGCACCACGUCUGGUGUGCGGAUUCGGAUCACCUUUGGAGCCCAUUUCUCAGCCUGAAGAACUAUUCUACUUCUUUCAAAGCAUGUCUACUAGCAACAAAUUCAAUAUUGCUUAUCUGGGGCAUUUUUUUUUUUCAUUUAAAGAGAAAAACAAAACAAAGCAGUAAAAGGGUACAAGUAAUACAGAAUUUCAAGAAAAAAAUAUACAGUAAGAAAUCACUAGUUAAGAUUACAUAUUGUCAUCUUAGAAACAGUUGUCCAAAUUACAAAAUUAAAGCAUACAAAGUGGACAUUCAUACAGUGAGGUAGCAGACAGUUCUGUUCAAUGAGCCAAUAAAAACUCAGUAAUACGGUUUUCUAUCCUACACACCUAAAUACACAUGCACUUAUAUCCUUUAGAUCACUUUCUUUUCCUCUCUUUUUUACAAUAACAAUUAUACUUUUUGGGUUUUAUUACUCCCACAGUUCUUAUUACUUUUUUUUUUUGAAGAGAAAAAAAAAAAACCAAAUGUGACAAAGCAAAACAGAGUCAGAACACAAGGAUGGACAUAGUAUAUGAUGCAAAAACAGAAUACCAGGUGAUCAACAAUGGUUACCAUUAUGCCUCUUGCUAUCUUAAAAAGAGUUGCCUAUAUCAUCAGGUAUAGUAGAAUUGAACAAAACAGUACAGAACAAGACCAAUAAAACCUACAUUGGAGACCUUACAGGACUUCAAAAGAAGAUAAUAGUCAAACCAAAAUGGGCAUUAUAGUAAAUCUUACUGCCUUGAAAGUGGUUGCCUAUACCCUCAAACUUGAUACUAUCAAACAAAACAGAAUAGAGUAAAAUCAGUCAGAACAAGAUGGGGAGAGAUUUACAGGGGUUCAAAUCAGGUUAAUGGGAAAACAAAAAAAUUACUAUAAUAUAUCCCGCUAUUUUUUUAAUUUAGUUUUCCUUUAAUUAUAAAAAAUAAGAAAAAAUAAAUUUUUUUUAAAAAAAAGGAAAAAAAGGGGAGAUUGAGAUAAAAGAGGACAUAGCAACAGAACAACACAGGUCAGAACCAAACAAUUUAAGCAUCAUUGUGUUUCACCACCAGAUAACCUGACAUAAUAGUAGUCACCAUAGUGUCUGUUUCCUUGAAAUAUUUGAGUAUAACUUCAUAUAUUAUAGCAUCAAACAUAUUAAGACAUUGUGAAGCCAUUCAAGAGAAUAAAAGUAUUACCGGGUAUUUAGAACCAGCUAACAGAAAACGAACAACGGUUUCUAUAUUAUCUCUUUGCCUAUAAAAAGUUUUGUUUAUACUAUCGCAUAUAGUAAAAUAUAUUAAGAUACAACAUGUUAAAACCAAUGGAAACACGAACAACAGCUUGGCGGGACUUCAAAACAAGAUAUUAAAUCAGCACUAGCUAUUGUGAUGCCUUGUUUUCUUCAAAAUAGCUAUUCGUACUAUCACAGACAAUAAAAUUGAACAACCCUAUCUGGGACAUUUGUAUAUCACUGUUUUUUGGAAAGAAGUUCUGAUGGGUAUUGGAUGUUUGUUUAUUUGCACACUUCAAAAAGUGUACCACACUCUUGUGGCCGCCGUUUCUUUUCUGCAGAGGCAGCACUUAAUAUUAACCUGUGUUCCUGUUGUCAGUGUCUCAUUACUCCUUGCUAAUCCUCAUCUCUGACCUUUAGCAUUUUUAUUACGUAACCCUUUGCGGGCUCUUUAGGUUUAUCCUAUUUGGAGCUUGUUGUGCUUCUAGAACAAGGACUUAGAAGCUAGACCUGAAGACAGCAGUGGGAAACUGAAAGCCGAUCUCGAGCUUCUUUCCUGGUGCUCCCUGCCCAGCCUUCUGAUUAAAGCUCCUUUCCCCGCUUGUCUCCCUGAGUAGUGAUGUGAAAAGGGCGACUGAGCCUGGUCUGUUGGGACACCAGAGUUGGCGAUUCUGCCCUGAUGUUCUGGUAGCCCUUCUUGGAAGUAAAGGCUGUUUCUGGAUAAAUUCA